AUGUCUCUAAUUACGAACAAUCAGGCCGCAUGGAUCCCCACAGAGAAAGGCCAAGUAAAAGUAGGACCAGGACCAACACCUAGCCCCAGAGAUAACGAAGUAGUCAUUGGAGUAGCCUACGCAGCUGUCAACCCAACUGACUGGAAGAUGCAAGACAUCGCUUAUUUCAGCAUGCCCUAUCCCUGGAUCUUCGGCGCCGACGUCUCUGGUACCAUUGUUAAACUUGGAUCUGGCGUAGACCGUUUUAAGAUUGGACAACGGGUCAUAGGUCAAUGUGAUGGAAUCUUCACACGAAUCGUCCAAAACACCGCGUUUCAGCACUAUGCUACUGGUAGCGAGAUUCUCGUUUCUGUAGUCCCGGAUGAUAUCCCACUGGCAAAUGCAGCUGUCCUACCUCUUGCUACUUCCACGGCUGCUGCGGGACUCUUCAAAAUCUUGGGAAUGCCGCUUCCAGUACUGGAUCCAAAGCCGGCGGGAAAGACGAUUUUGAUCUGGGGUGGAAGUUCGAGUUGUGGUGCGUCGGCAAUCCAAUUGGCGAAAGCAGCAGGCUACACUGUUAUUACCACUGCCGGCACCCAAAACUACGACUUCGCAAAAAGUAUUGGCGCGACCCACGCUUUUGACCAUAAAUCACCUACCGUUAUACAAGACAUCCUGGCGAUCCUUCGAACAGGCGAUGCCAUAUUUGACUGCAUCGCUCAAACUAACACACAACACGCUUGUGCUGAAAUCGCUCAUAGAAUUGGUGCUAGCAAGUUUGCUGCUUUGUUACCACCUGUACCAAAUGAGUAUAAUGUCGAGCCUGUUAUAGUAAAUGGGUUAGACGUAGGACUUGUAGAUUUUAAUAUUGGUGAUGCUGUGUGGCGGAAAUACGUACCGGAGGCAUUGACCAAGGGAAAGUACUUGGCCAAGCCAGACCCGGAAGUUCUUGAGGGCGGAUUAGGAAGAGUGCAGGAUGGGAUAGAUCUUCUCAGGAAUGGCGUGUCGGCAAAGAAAGUUGUUAUAGAGAUUGCGAAGCAGACAUGA